AUGAAAAAGUUUAGAAAGACAAUUGCAAUAUACAUAAAUAUGUAUCAAUCGCUGGGAAAGCUUUCGAUCAUCAUUUGUCACAGUCUCGAUCAAAUUUUCUGGGGUCAUUACACUAAAUUUGAUUUCGCUGCUGCACUUGCUGAUGCUGCUAACUCUGCCCUCUUCGUGAAAAUCCUAAUUGUCGAGAUCUUCGGAUCUGCCAUCGGUCUCUUUGGACUUAUCGUUGGCAUCUACAUGACAAGCAAAGUCAAGAUGGGCGACAAAGAAUAA